AUGGCUACAAGUAGAAGCCCUAGUUCUUCCUCUGCUCCUUUUAUAAAUGUUUGCAAUAAAGAACUAAGUGAGUUUGUGGGUAUAUUUGACAUUAAUGAAGUUUACAUGAAAUUUUCAAAAAAAAUUUUGAUUUCUAAGAGGAGUUUUUUUGCUUUAAUGAUAGGUAUCAAAGAUUUCUAUCCUGUUUAUGAUAAAGUCAGGCUACUCUCAGCUCAUUGGAAAUCUAUAGCCAUUUCUUUUCGUUUAAGAAUAGACACUAUCAACGCCAUAGAAGCUAGUUCUUAUGGAAACACUAUCUCGUCCCUGCAGAAAGUACUAGAGCAUUGGUUAAAGAAAGAUUAUGAUGACUACCAGACUAAUGGUAUUCCUUGUUGGAGGAGAGUGUGUGUAGCUGUUAGAGAAGGAGGAGGUGAUCCAGCAUUAGCUGAUGAAAUAGCUCGUGAACAUCCUCUACCAGCUAUGCGACCUGCAGGAUCAACUAGUUCAAAAGAAAGAAGUAUCACUCCUGUAAUGAAUGAUGUAGCUAUGUCACCAGCAAGCACUGACAGAGCAACAGGUACCUCCAAAUAUGGUUCUUCUGAAAAGAGCUUUGAAUUAACUAGCAAGUUAUAUGAUCUACAAGAUGAAUUUGAUGAGGCCAUUCGAAUAACAAAAAAGUCAUUCAAAUCAAGUGAUCUACCUGAAAUCAUUGACUACCUCAUUACACACACAAUGUCACUACUUGGUCCUAACAAAAAACAGCAAACAACUGCUGAAGCAGUUAGAGAAGAGUUUAAAAAUAUCCAAAAAUUAUCAGAAUUAUUCACCGUACUACAAGACAAAUACAUAUCAUGGUUCAACUAUAAACUAAUGAUAAAACUUGUGGGAGUAUUUCUACCAAAAAAUCGUUCAUUAAAAAGAACUUGGUCAUCAUAUGAAGAGAAGUUAAAGGAUUAUUUUAUAAACAGUGGUGGACUAUUGAAAGAUGCUGAUGCUGUACAGUUUGGUGUAAAAGGUGUUCCUCCUGGUACACGAGUAAUGAUUGCUAAAGUUGACAGAGAUGACUACACACUGGACGACAUAUUCUUCUUUCGUAGAGCAAUACCAAAAGGUUUGGAUAUUCCUGAAUAUGACCUUUACUUCAGUUUCGUCUAUGAUGGCUCUCUCUGUUUGGGUUACCUCAUUCCUGAGUAUCUUUAUUCUUUAUUAUUUCCUCUAACUACAAAGCUACAGCAACAGUUAGCUAGUAUUGGUAUCACUGAGCUAACAUGUGGUGAAGAUAAAUAUGAUCUAAGAGAGUUCUCAAUAGAAGAGGUUAAGCACUCAUCCACUGAUAUUGAUAUAUGUGAUCCAUUAUGGUAUGAGAAUACCAGUACACCAUUACAUGAAGCAGCUUGGAGAGGAUUAAAAGAUGAAGUACAAUGGCUUCUUGACAAGUUUGGUUACAGCACAAAUCAUCGUGGUCUUCAUGGUUGGACUCCAUUACACUCUGCAUCAUAUGGUGGACACAUUGAGAUCCUUCAAAUACUCAUCGAUCAAUAUGGUAUUGAUCCUAAUGAAGGUGAUGAUAAUAGUGUAUCUAGUAUACAUAUGGCAUCUUAUAAAGGCCACUUAUCUAUAGUACAAUAUCUAGUAGACACGUGUGACGUUCCUCCUGAUCAACCAGACAAUAGCAAUAACACUGCAUUACUGUACUCAGCAAUGGGGGGCCAUUGUGACCUAGUGGAAUUCUUUAUUGAGAGAAAUUGUAAUACUUCUCAGAUUAAUUGUAUCAGUGCCUCUUUAUCAUUGUUAGCUUGUAAAAGUGGAGAGUUAGCAUUAGUCCACAAGCUUGAAUCAUUAAACCUCUUCUCACCAGAUGACACAACAAAGUCAGGGGCUGGUAUACUACAUUAUACUUGUUGCUCUAUGAAUAAUAAAAGUAUUGAGCUUUUUAAGUAUCUUUUAAAACGAUAUCAUUUAUCCAUUGAAGUAAAGGAUCAAUAUGGUAAUCUUGAUCUAGUACAAUUACUAAUACAACAGUAUAAGCUUGAGCCAUUUAAUCAUGAUAAAUAUGGUUUCACAGCAUUACAUGCAGCAGCAGAAAGAGGUCAUACUUAUAUACUGGAGUGGUACAGUCUGGAGUAUAGUGUGGAUAUUACUAAUCACACUAGCAAUAACAAGUACACACUAGCUCAUUCAGCUGCUUUCGGAGAGAAUCAUGAGUUAGAUCUGUGUGCUGUGAAUGAUGAGGGAAUGGCUCCUAUUCACUUAGCAUGUAGUAAUGGAAGAUUGAACUUGAUCCAGUACAUUAUAGAACACAUACCAUCAUCACUUGAACUACCUCACAGUAAAGACAGUCGUACUCCACUCCUUAUUGCAGUGUACUUCAAUCAGUUAGAAGUUAUUAAAUAUCUUAUUAGUAAGAAGUGUAAUCUAUCAGCUACUGAUGAUGAAGGGUCUGGAGCAGUUCACAUAUCAGUAGCAAGGGGUCACUUGAAUGUAUUGAAGUAUCUCAUUGAUAAUAAUUAUUGUAAUCCUAAUGCAACCAAUCAUCAAGACCGUACACCACUACAUGUUGCUGUAGCAGCUGAACAGUUUGAAAUAUUGGAAUAUUUAUUAGAAAUGAAACUAAGCUUACUUUUUAAUGUCCAAGAUAAAGAUGGUAACACACCAUUACACUUUGCUUGUAGGAGAAGACAACAGAAGAUGGCAUCACUUCUAAUCCGCUCUACUAAUAUUAAUCUAUUAAUUACUAACAAAAAAGGACAGACACCAUUACACUUAGCAGCUGCCUCUGGUCAUAAGGAUACCGCUGAAGCUUUACUGUUCUCAGUCACUGGUAGUUCUACUCAUCAUGAUCUCCUUACAGCUACUGAUAAUGAAGGAUCCACUGUAUUACAUACAGCUUGCAGUAAUGGCCAUACUGAUGUGUUUCGUUAUUUAUCCAGUAUUUAUCCUCAAGGUGUUAAUGUAAUGGAUAAUAAAGGACGUGGUUUACUUCAUGCAGCAUUUCUCCUGCCAGAGUGGACUUGA